AUGAAGCUGCUCACAGUUCUUCCCGCCCUCCUUCCGCUCGUUGCUGCUCACUUUAACGUCGAGGCGCCUCCAACCCGCGGCGGCACCGAAGACACCCAGCCAUCGUUCCCAUGCGGUGGCCCAACGCAGCCAUCCAAUACCAGGACGAAGAUUCCUCUAAAUGACCCCAAAGUCGCCAUCGCCAUGGAGAUGGGCCACGACCAGGCGGCCGUCCAGGUCUUGCUCGGGCUGGGAUCUAACCCAGGAUCCAACUUCAACAUCACUGUCAUCCCGACCUUCAGACAGGUUGGACUGGGCUCCUUUUGCUUGCCGGACGUGAUGUUGUCAGAGGACGUUGUUGGCUUCAAGCCAACAGAGGGCAUGGACGCCACCAUCCAGGUUCUGAGCAACGGUGACCCCAACGGCGGCCUCUUUCACUGUAUCGACAUCACCUUCACCGGGUCCGCACAUUACUCCAAGCCAGAUUCGUGCAAGAACGGAACCGGCAUCGAGGCCAUACCCUUCAGCGGCGAAGCUGCUCGACGAAACGCCAAUGAAUCCACGCCCAACGGCCAACCACAGGGAGGUUCAGGAGGUGGUUCUGGUGGUGGUGAAAGUCCCAAACCAACUGGCAACUCUGCGCCUAUUCAGACUGCUGCUGCUUGGGGUGUCCUUGGUGCAGCCAUCGCUGGAGGCGUUGCUCUCUUGUAA